AUGGAAUAAAUGAGCAAGUACACACUUAAAUUUAAAGAAAAAGAAGUUGAAGAAAAAUAUUAGGCCUAGUCAUAUUCAAAGCAUCUAAAACCCUUAUUUUAUGGUAUAUUGAUUAUGGCAUUGUCUUUGAAUACACUUCAACUGGCCAUUAUUGCAUAGAAGGAUAAUUUAGUCAUACCUUAUAUUAAUAUGGGCUUUAUUGUAAUAUGUCUCGUUGGAUUAUACAUUAUGUACAAAAAAGAAGGUUUAACAGCAAAGAUAGUGACUAUAACUAAUGCUUAUUCAUUAUCAUUAUAAUUCAAUUUUACAAAUACUACUGAAGGUCAAGAAUAUUUUAUUUAUGGGUCUAACUUCUCAUUGAUUUAAGCUGUGAUAUACUUUUCUACUGACUUUGAUUUAAGUUGCCCCUCUCUUUUACUGCAUAUUAUAUUCAGAUAAACUUCAACAAUUUUAAUGGCUAAAAAAAUUGAUCUUUAAUCUUUAGCAUUAUCAAUAGCAACUGCAAUUUUAAUAUCAUGUGUUCUGUAUAUAUGUAAUAAAGCAUAAAGAAUAUAAUUUUUAAUGACCUAUUAAGAAGAUACUAUUAAUAAGUAGUUGCAUAAAUUAAUAAAUAAGCCUUUCUCAAAAAUUUUGUAUAACGAAAAAAAACUAUAAAUCGAUGUUUAGAUAACCGCUUAUCAAGAUUAAUUCGAUUAAUAUACUAAUGAAUUAUGUUUUGGAUGCAAUAUCAGAAAUUUCAUUAGAAAUUGUUUAAUUAAUAAUAUGUCACUAGAGCAUGCUAUAAUUAGUGGUUAAGCUAAAUUUGAUGAAACCUUUGAAGUUAAAUUAUAAAGAAAAAAAAUUAAGAUUCGUUUAAGCUAAUAUAAUAUAGAUAAUAGUAUAAUACUUAUUUAAGAAAGCGUUUAAAAAGAUCCUAUUCAAUAUAAAAAAGUUUCUCACAUAUUUGAGUAAUCCCUCUUAAAGUAAUUUUAAGCAAUCAGAAAAACUCCAUUCAGUUAAUAGUUUCAAUUUGGAGCAUUAUCUUUUUUAAUGUUAAGAUAAUUUAAAAUCAAAACAGUUAACAUUAGAAAAUUGAUAAAAAAUUUAAUGACUAUUUAUUUAUAAUCUAAAAAAAUAAAAUUAAAUUUUAAUGGAGAUUAUACAAUUAAAUUAAGAACUUAUGGACACUUAAUGAAAAUAUUCUUAAUAUAAGUAUUUUAAAUUUUACAAGAUUUAGAAUUUUAAUAAAAUUAUUUAGAUGAAAUAAAUGUAAUGAAUUUAGAAACAUGUCUCUAGAUUAAAUUUACAAUAAUAGACUAAUUUUCUUUUUUUCCACUCUACUUGAGAAACUAUUUUAUAGAAUAAACUGCUCCAUAUUUGCUUUUAAAUCCAUUAGGCUAUAAUUUAGAGUUCUAAUUUAGUAAGAUAUUACCUUUUAAUGAUUUGAAUUAAGAAUAUUGA